AGUCGUGAGAGGAGCGGUUUAGGUAAGCUCUUCAUCAAAAAAGAACCGUAUCAUUCAUAAUAGAAAAGGUCCCUCCAAAAGGAGAAUAGCACCCUAGCCACCUUACAGCUUCAUUGGAACUCGAGGUGGCCGCCCUCCCCCCCCUUUUUGUGUUUCUAUCAUCAUAAUGCUUGGCGCACCCACGCGGCGGUGCAUGUGCACGGCGGUGGCCUCCGUCGCCGCUGCCGCCGUUUCCGCCGCGGCAACCGAGAAGGGCGCGGCGCCGGCCAUCAAGCACUCUCGCUUCACCCAACCCGGGCUGGAGGGUCUGCGCAUUGCCGCCUACGCACCGUCCACGGCGCCUGGAGAGUCGCUGCCCCAGCACCGGCAACCCACCGCCAUCGGCCACAUUGUCGCCCAACUCUCCUCGUUGGUGUUCGCCGUGGACUUUAAAGACAGCCCGAAGCCGUCGGUGGUGGCGAUGGGCUCGCGGGUGUACGUCGCGUACGAGCGCGAAGACGGCGCCCCGCCCACGGCGGCCGGCGGGAGGGGGGUCGUGGUGGGGGGCAUCGUCGUCCGCGUGAACCCCAACGGCACCUUCGGCGUGCUGCUCGACAACAACAACGUCGACCUCGCCGUGCCGCAGGAGAAGAUCGCCGUGACGGAGGGCGUCUGCAAGUUCUUGUACCACCCACGGUAUCUGCAGGUGGUGGAGUGGGUGCGCUCCGCCGGGCUGUCGCAGACGGACGAAAUCGAAGGCACCGCCUGCAUUUUAUACCACCGCGGCUGGCGUGCGGAGCGGCUGUACUUGCUGGAGGCGUCCGACAUUCGCAACAUGACGCACUUGUCAAAGAGUGCGCGGAUGUCGCUGAUGGAGAAGGCGGAGUGGCAGCGGGACCACCACCGGCAAAUGCGCAGCAUCUACAAGGAGCGCGUGAAGGAGCGGGAUCGACGGUACAUGUCCGCCAAGUACGCUGGCAUCCUCUCCGCCAGCGUCGCCUUCUGCGGCGCCUUCUCCCUCUUCGGGUGGAACUACCGCAACUACACGAAGCACCAGCGCUCCUAUCAGCUGAAGUACGCCGUGCGGACGCUGUGCAAGAAGAUCGCACCAGGCGCCGCGGAAGCCACGGAAAGCUCGGCCUCCACGUCGUCGAAAGCAGCAGCCUCUGCAGCGACGGCCACCCCCACGCCUACCUCCGCACCCACAACGGCGGCAGAGGCAACGAUGUCGGUGCCGUCCUCCACCGUGGCAGCUGAAAGCGCGCCGGGCGGGGCGCUGCACCGCUCGUCGAAGCACAUUCGGCGUGAUGCGCAGGAGAAGUGGAUUCGGCAGGUCUUACGCCAGCUGGACACGGCCCACCCCCGCAUCGUCGUCCUGACCGGCUACUUCGGUUGUGGCAAGAGCUCGCUGUGCCGUAGCGCACUGCGGGAGGAGGGCAUGAUUGGCGUCUUUGUCGAUGUGCGCAACAAGGAGGAUACGCUGCGCAGUGUGAUCAAGGCGAUGGGCGUGCCGCACGUCGACGCCUGCGGCGAUCCGCUGGACUUUAUCGCGGAGGCGUGCUACAAGGCGAAGUCCGCGAUGAACGGCAAAACACCGGUGCUGGUGCUGAAGCUGCGCGAGGGCGACAACUUGAUGCGGGUGUACAACGAGGCGAUCACGUUGGCGUGCGACCGGCGCAUGUGCCACAUCGUGGUGGAGCUGCCGCUGGAGUCGCUGACGAUGACGAACACGUCGCUGCCGCGCCUUGACUUCUACACCGUGCCCAACUUUAGCCGCGCGCAGGCCUACGAGUACAUCCAGCAUCGCCUCGACGCUCUGGAUAUGGAGACCUUCUUAGAUACGGUGGGGACGAACAGCAACGAUUUGGAUGAACUGCUGGCGGCUGUGCACCAGCGCCGCGUGACACCGACGGAGUACACAAAUCAGAAAUUGCUGAAGGCUAUGCGCCAGCUGGAGGUUGCGUGGGGCGAUCAUGGGGAGCUGAGGUCCGCAGUGAAGCGGCUGGCGCAGCUGCCCUACGAUGAAGGCCAGCACGAGGGGGUGGACGAUGGCAGUUUGAACCACCCGUCCUUGCGCAACAUUAUCUUUUACAACCCCGUGCAGGACGUGUGGGUGUUCCAGAAUCAAGUGCUGCACACUGCGGCCAACUGCUUAAUGUAA